AGUCCAUCUCUGUUCAACAUACCAAGAAAAAAAAAAUUCAAAGCACUUUUCGUUGAAUAUUGUUUUAUUUAGUAAUAUCGAGAAAAUUUUCAGAGUGAUAUCAUCCUGCGCUCUAAUAAUUAAAAUAACAUAGAAAAUAUUAAGAAAAAGUGUAAAAAAAGAAUUUGCAAGAAGGUGGAUAAUUUCUUUGAUAUUAAGUUUGCACACAAAAUGUCACGUAAAAAGUGGACCACAUUGGAAAAGCCACCGUUAUCUAGCCUCGUAUUAGACGUUGUUGAAAGUAUGGGUUUUGAAUUAAUGACACCUGUUCAGGCUGCUGCUAUAUUGUCACUUUUGUCACGCAAAGAUGUUUCUGCAAAGGCUGUAACUGGAUCAAGAAACACAUUAGCGUUUUUAGUACCUCUAUUGGAAAUGUUAAGUCGCAGGUCUAAUGAAUCGCCGUGGACUCCUAAAGAAAUUGGCGCUAUAAUUAUCUCACCCACAAGAGAAUUGGCUUCACAAAUCUCGGAGGCAUGGCAAGUCUUUUUGACCCAUGAGCAGUUAAAGCAUUUACGUCAAAAACUUAUAGUAAGCGGAAGCAGCAUUGAAGAGGGUACAAAAUCUGUACAGAACGAGGGACCAACCAUAUCAACCAAUCAGCAUAUUUACUAUAAAGAUUUAAAUUGGUUGGAUCGUUUAAUCGUAUUUUAAAAGAAGGUAAAAAAUCAUUGCAAUUGAAUGGUUUUACUGCUAUUGUUCCUAGCAGAUUUGGCAAUGCGACUUGCUGGCGUGUGACCUUUUGAUAUCCUCAAAGCAAUUAAAAAAAAUCGGCAAUAUACACCAAGCAACUUUAAUCCCUAUUUGUGGAUCAUAUCAAUGCCCGGAAUGGGGAAAAUUUUGCAGAAAUCGCCGAGCUCUAAGCAAUCAUCAGGUGUUAAAAGCAUACUUUGGUCCUUCAGAGACAGCUGCAACGUGUUGAUGCAAGAUGUCAAGUGGAUUGUAAGCCUUAGUCUUUUAACAGGUGCUUAAUAUUCCAUACUUACUGAAUUAUUUAUACCUACUUUUUACUAAAAUUAUGCAGAAACUUAAACGUAUGGUAGACGUAUUAGAUGCUUUUAAUAUUGAAAUCGCAGGUUUUCGCUAUACGGAACAAAUACCUUGAAGGAUUCAAUGUGGAGCGUGCUUUUCACCGCCGCAAUGUUAUUAUUAAAAAAACGAAUUGUAAUACAUUGUUUUUAUAUUUUGAUAUUAUUUGAUAUUUAUAAUAAAAUAACUUGUUAAACAAAUACAAUCUGUGGAAUCUUAAACAUUCGAAAAUAUUCGAUAACUUUUUGAUACAUGCAACAAAGGCCCUUAGAUAUUAUUGAUUUAUUGAUUAUUCUAGAAAUAAGGGACAAUUUUCUAGGAAAUUGUUGGUCAACUUUGUGUAAAUUAUAAAUCAUACGCAUUGAAAUCUAUAUAUGAAAAGUCAGGCUAGAUUUUUUGAGGUCAAAGAGACUGUUUAAUAAGAUUUUAUAUGCUUUCGAUCUGGAAUUUCGCUAUUUUAACAAAGUGUUUACAAGUGUUUAAGACUGUUUAAUAAGAUUUCAUAUGCUUUCGAUCUGGAAUUUCGCUAUUUUUUCAAAGUGUUUACAAGUGUUUGUGGUAGCGAAUAUUGACUUCUUUAAAUCAAAUGGAUCAUCCGUUGCCGGCAGGACGCACCGACUAAAUUUGCUUGGUUUCAUCAUGAUUAUGCUGCUAAAAACGAAAAACUGCAGGGAGUCUAUUGAUAAGAACAUGCAUUCACACUGAAGUAAUUCAAAUUUAGCAUAAAAAUGUUGAUAUGUAACCAACUUAUAUUCUAAUUUUUCUUUACAGAUUAAAAAAGUCCAUCGUCGCACUUUGGGAAAUGGAAAAUCGUGCCUCAAAAAAACCCAGUAAAGGUAAUUCAAGUUUAGCAUAAAAAUGUUGAUACGUUACUAACUUAUAUUCGAAUUUUUCUUUGCAGAUGAACAAGAAACGAUAU